AAACGGCAUUCGGGAGGGAGAUGGGAAGCCGUGAAGUCGAAUCGUUGCUGCUCUUGAGAAGCAGUUACUCAUGAAUGUGCUAAAGGCUCUCUUCCUCCUGCUCUUCUUCCUGAAGCCUGCUCUGCUGGCAUCUACCCCUGAACCCUUGUGCACCCUUACGGAAUUGCAUCGGUGCUUGCAGUCGCUUCAAACGCAGAGCAACGAUCUUGCCUUUGCUGCAACGCGAUACGAACUCCUGAACGUCUGCAGUACAAUGAAGGAGAGUGUUCUGUGCAUCGAUGACCAUAUGAAACAUUGUUUUUCCCCUACGCAGAGGCAAGUCUUCAAUCAAGUUGUUGCAGGUGCUAGGCAAGUCUUAUUAGAACUAUGCGUUCCAGGAGCCAUACAAGAAGCUUAUUUAAAAUAUGCUCCAUGUUUCAAGAACGUCUCUCAAGCUGAAAACAAGUGCGCGCCCAAGUACAGAUAUUUGAUGGAACUGUCUGAAAGCGUAAAUCGACGGCAGAACGUUGACGAUGGUCUCCGAGAAUCAUGCUGUGCUUUUGGAGAAUUUGUAACUUGCAAGUAUCAGCAUGUAGGCAGAGACUGUGGCCACGACGCUACGCUAUUUCUGCAGCAACAUCUGGACCGCAUUUCCAGUCCCCUCAUCCACGAACACUGCGCCCAUUACACGUACGCCACAGAUGCAUGUGCACCAGCCUCCACCUCUAAAGCGCUCAACAUGAGUUGGAAACUGCUUUCUUACUUGCUCUUCACCCAAUGGAUCUCAUUGCGUUUCAUACUGAAGAAAACCUUAGACUAUCGACUUGAACCCAAAUGACGAUGACUUGGUAGUUUCAGGAAAUGCUCACAUUAAACAUCUUGUUUCAAAACGAAAUAACAUAAAUCUCGUCAAAUAUGCUGGUCAUUGACUAAGCACUUGUUAAUAACAAUGGGACCUCAACAGAAGUUUACGCAUUUCAGAGCUGCACCAUUUAAAAAUUAUGCCUGUUUAGUAAAAUACUGACGUACAUCUAAGAAACAAGUAUUCUUUCGAAAACAUUUUGGAAAUGUAGUACUGUUGUUUAAGAGAACUUAUAUAUAUGUGCUUCCAGAUUUGUAUAAAAACAGUCAAAGUGGCCAAAGGUCAAGAAAUAAUUUAACUGUUCUCUAUCAUUAAAGGAUAUCACUUUUAUGUGUAAAUAUCUGAUCAAGAUAACUUCAGUAAAAUAGAAUAGUAUUUGUGUUUUUACGACAGCAUUGGGUAAGCUUUGUUUCUUCGCAGAAAGCAUUUAAUUAUAGAAAAUAUUAAGGGCAUGUACUAGAAAAUUUUCCCAAAAUUUCUUUAGAACAGAAAUUGCUAUGUAUGCUAUGUAGUCUUUGCUUUAUUACAUUUAAGAGCACUAUAUUUCGUUAAUAGGCUUAUUUCAUAAUAACAUACAGUUAACAAAAAUAAUAGUAUUUAACCACCUUCUUGGUGAUUAUGAGUGCCUGAUACCGAAAGUCGAUGUGGCUGUAGUCAAAGAAAAGUAAACUACUGCUCAUAGAAUUUGUCAUACAAUAGAUGAAUCUUAUUAUUUAAUUAAUGUGCAUGAUGUUAAUUAACUCAUGAAUGUUAUUGAACAUUAUUAAAAUAAUGUAAGCCUCUAAUAAUGUUUUGAUUGCGAAGUAAACUAAACUUAGUUCAAGGUGCUAGAAGACUUAAUGCGGAAUGAAAUCUAAGCAAUUUUACUUAUAUAGUAAUCAUUGAUUAAUGCAAUAUGCUCAUUAAAACUUCUGUGAUCAUCAAAAAUAACUUUUGUUGCUUUUAUUGCAUGUUCUUUCUUAACGAAGUAUGUAUGAAAUAGAAAAAUAAAAGCUUUAGUAUCGAAGCUCCCUCUGCUUUAAAGUUAAGAUGAUUUCCAGGAGAAGGAAAUAUUUCCUUAAAAUGUAACUACAAUAGUUUGUGAUUUUUAGCAGAAACAUCAAAUCUAAAAGUUCGAUGUCUCGUUUACUUCAUUGAAUAUCUUUAAUUCUUCAUUUUCCGCAAGAAAUGAAUUCGAAAAUAAAACAAUGUGCUUUGUACACACAACUGUAAUAUAAAUGUUUCAUAGAAUUACUCUCAUUCUGUUCACUUGUUAAUCUUGUUAUGACCUUGAUUUGCAGGACAAAACAGUAUUAAACUUAAUUCAUCUUUUUAUGUCCAUCGGAUGAUUAUUACAUGAUAUUAAUCAUCCAACAGGACGAAAAAAUAGUCUUUCCGCGACUUUUAAACUCUACUCACCCAACAAAAUUAAUGCGUAUUUUUCAUCCUAAGUUUACAGCUGUUGUGUUUCUGUAUGUUAAUACUCAUUUAUUUCCUUUAAUAUUCAGAAAUACUUAUUGCCAUUUCAUUUUUGUUUAUCAAAUUUUAAUUCUGAGUUCUGUUAAACUAAUCGUCUGCACUUAUUUAUUUUUGAGUACUGUUUUCAAACAAUGCAUAUAUUUUAUUCUCGAAUUUAAUAUUCACUCUUAAUGUUUAAUA